CAACGUUAGAAACUGGCAUGCCAUGUCCCUACAUGAAAAGUCAGUGAAAGCUCUCGAGAGGAUAAAAACAACACGCAACGCCCUGUCUGCCUCUACUGAAUCACCGGUCUCCCUGCCUCAAUUUGAUAGCAACAACAAAAAAAAUGGCCGAGGAGCAGAGAGUUACAAUUCCAAGAGUGAAACUGGGUAGACAAGGAUUGGAGGUCUCGAAGUUGGGGUUUGGAUGCACAGGGCUUAGUGGAAUUUACAAGGCCCCACCCCCUGAGGAGGUUAGCAUUUCAAUCAUCAAGUAUGCUUUUAAUAAGGGGAUCACGUUUUUUGAUACAUCAGAUGCCUAUGGACCUCACACAAAUGAAAUCCUGAUUGGGAAGGCAUUGAAGCAUUUGCCCAGAGAAAAGAUCCAGUUGGCUACAAAAUUUGGUUUCGUUACAAGUUCUGAUUUUAAAAGUACUACAAUCAAUGGCAGUCCUGAAUAUGUUCGUGCAAGUUGUGACGCCAGCCUAAAGCGUCUUGGUGUGGAUUACAUUGAUCUUUACUAUCAACACCGAGUUGACACUUCAAUACCAAUAGAGGAAACUAUGGGAGAACUUAAGAAGUUAGUGAAAGAAGGAAAAAUUAAGUAUAUUGGAUUGUCUGAAGCAAGUCCCGAUACAAUAAAGAGGGCGCAUGCAGUUCAUCCCAUUAGUGCAGUACAAAUGGAAUGGUCACUUUGGUCUCGUGACAUUGAAGAAGAAAUAAUCCCACUUUGCAGGGAUCUUGGAAUUGCUGUAGUUCCAUAUUGCCCUAUUGGUCGGGGAUUUUUCGGUGGCAGAGGAGUUGUGGAAAGUCUGCCUGCAGACGAUAAGCUGAAAUCACAUCCAAGGUUCACGGAUGAAAAUAUAGAGAAGAACAAGGUGUUUUAUUUUCGAAUAGAAAAACUGGCUGCAAAGCGUGGCUGUACUCCCGCUCAGCUUGCCCUUGCUUGGGUUCUCCAUCAAGGGGAUGAUGUUGUACCUAUCCCUGGUACCUCGAAGAUCAAAAAUCUAGAAGACAAUAUUGGAUCAUUGCAAGUUAAGCUGACAAAAGAUGAUUUGAAGGAAAUCUCUGAUGCUGUUCCCGUCAAAGAAGUUGUUGGCCUUAGAAAUAAGGAUUUCCACCUCACAUGGAAGUUUGCUAAUACACCACCUAAAACUAGCCAAGUCUCCACUUGAUAUGUACAUGAAAGCAAGGUUUGCUGCAAGAUUUCAUUUCAACCUAAUAAAUUCCAUCUUGGACUAAAUAUCAAGGGUGAAAAUGUAGCAAAACAAUAUUUCAUAGCCGCAUUUUAGUUGUUCAAAAUAAACAAUGUGGUUGCAAAAAUCCUCUCUAUGUUUUGUGGUUGUGGAAUAGAACAACUUUUCCUGUCUCCAGAA